CCAAUCUAUCUGUAAACACGCGGCUGGGAUUGGAAGGGGCGCCAGAGAGGAAAGCCAAAGCAGAAGAGGAAAUUCUCAGAUCCGAUCGAUUUCCCGGCGAAUCAACAAAAUGUCUUCUCCAUUCAGCGGCGAUGAGACGGCGCCGUUCUUCGGCUUCCUUGGCGCCGCUGCUGCCCUAGUCUUCUCCUGUAUGGGAGCAGCGUACGGAACGGCGAAGAGUGGCGUCGGAGUUGCGUCGAUGGGCGUGAUGCGGCCGGAGCUGGUGAUGAAGUCGAUCGUACCAGUGGUUAUGGCCGGUGUCCUUGGUAUUUAUGGCUUGAUUAUUGCUGUGAUCAUCAGUACCGGGAUCAACCCCAAGGCGAAGUCGUAUUAUCUUUUUGACGGCUACGCUCAUCUUUCGUCUGGUCUGGCCUGUGGCCUCGCCGGCCUUUCUGCUGGUAUGGCUAUUGGCAUUGUUGGUGAUGCCGGUGUUAGAGCCAAUGCUCAACAGCCCAAACUUUUUGUUGGGAUGAUUCUCAUUCUCAUCUUUGCUGAAGCCCUUGCUCUCUAUGGCCUAAUUGUUGGAAUUAUCCUCUCCUCUCGAGCUGGUCAAUCAAGAGCAGAUUAAAACAGGGUGCUCUAUUUGGUGGUGGAUCGGUUUAUGUCGCUUAGUAGUUGUUGCUCAUGUUUUCUGCCUCGGAACUGUUCUAUUUGCCCUGCCAUUGCUCCGUCGAGUGGAUUGGGUGGUUGCCAUGCCCAGAUGGUAGAAUUUAGGUUACUUGUUCUCUGUUUCAGGACGCCUGUAGUGUUCAUUUUUCGGAUUCUCUGUAUCACCAAUAAAUCCAAAGUUGUGUAGAACCCUCUGGCGUUUCUUCUUCAGAUUUUGUGCUACCAUACUCUUUAUUCUUUUUUCCUUCCCCUCCAAAUGACAUUUCUAGCAGAUGAUUUGGAUCAAGUAAUUGUUGUUUGGUUAACUUAGGACUCUCUGAUAUCUAUCUAGUCAUUCAGCUGGCCUUGCCAACAAUAUGAUUUCUA